AUGGUAGGAAGCUUGAUUUAUCUCACCUUGACGCGACUGGAUAUAUCAUUUGCCAUUGGUAUUUUAAGCCGAUUUAUCCAGAAUCCGAGAAAGCCUCAUCUUGGAGCUGCACGCAGAGUAUUAAGAUACAUCAAAACUACCCUACACUAUGGUGUUCAGUUCAAGAGGGAACCUAGUUGUAAAUUGAUGGGUUUUUGUGAUGCUGAUAAUGCCGGUGACUUAAAUACAAGAAGGUCAACAACUGGCUAUGUGUUCAUGCUUGGUUCCAGCAUCAUAUCAUGGAGUAGCAAGCGUCAACCCACUGUGUCUUUAUCUACAACUGAAGCGGAAUAUAGAGCUGUUGCCAUGGCAGCUCAAGAGUGCACCUGGCUUGUUCAAUUGUUGAAGAAUCUAAACCAGGAAGUUGAUUACAGCAUUCCACUUUUAUGUAACAAUACGUCAUCCAUCAAACUAGCUGAGAAUCCUACAUUUCAUGCUCGCACCAAGCAUAUUGAAGUUCACUACCGCUUUAUUAAAGAGAAGGUCUUAAUGGGCGAAAUAGACUUGCAAUAUGUGAAGACGACUAAGCUAGUUGCAGAUAUCCUAAACAAGAGUCUAGCAAGUGAAAAGCUUAUUGAAUUCAACAACAUGAUGGGUAUGGUAGAAGUUGAUGUUGAGAGGGAAUAUUAA